UUCUUUUGUUUCCCUUGCCUACUCUCCUCGGUUUCUACUCAUCCCGAUGGCUGAUUUCUUCCUUUAAUUAUUAGACGUUGUUUUUGUUUUGGCUGUGCAUUGUUCGGAGAUCGCUCUGCCUCUCCAUUUUUUGAGAAAGACCGGUCAAACGAACCUAUCCGUCAAACUUCCCACUCUGACACCAUGCCAAAAAGAAGAUAAAAGAAAGCUCCCCUUCUCUCUCACAGCCAUGGUUGAACAACAAACUUGACGCGAACCCAUUCGUUCAGGGCUGCAGAGUUCAAAAACUGACUGAUUGUGUUUCUCUAUACCUCUCCGAACCUUCUUCUUCUUCUUCGUCUUCUUCUCUCUCUCUCUUUCACACACACACAGUGCAUGAUGGAUAAGAAAGACAUAAUGUAGAGUUAAUGCACAGAAAUGAAAUUUGAACGUUGGGAAGUAAAGGUGUGCAUGGGAGGUGGUGACAACGAAAUGGGAGACAGUGGGGGGGUGAAUUGAUGAUUUGGGUAUGCCGGAAACGUCUUCAGAAAUCAUGGCCGAAGGAGGAGGAAGCGACGGCCUCGGAGGACUCGGGGACUGGGGACGAUCAUCGCCAAUGCCACCUCCCAUCGUCUUCUCCCCCUCUUCAACGAGCCCCUGCAAUUUCUUUUCGCCAUCCGCGUCCGGCGAGAUCGAGCCGCUGUCCUUGUCACACCCGUUGAGCUCUGUCGCGGACGGGCAGGCCGCAGGAGAGCCGGCGGUUGGCGGAGAGGAGAGUGGUUGCCGUCAAGAGAAAGGUGGCCUAAGUGGUAUUGAUGAAAUGGUCGUUGGCGGUGGAUUUUCUGAGUGGAAGGCGCCUGUAGCGGGGAGGAGCGCUGGGAGCAUAGCGGAGAGGAGAGCCGCGAGGAGCGGAUUCAACGCGGCCCGGCUGAACACGGCGAGGUUCCGGACGGCAAGCCCCCUGUCGUCGCCAGCUAUUCGUUCGCCUUACCUCACGAUCCCGCCGGGACUUAGCCCGACCACAUUGCUCGACUCCCCUGUUAUGCUUCCCAAUUCUCACGCACAACUGUCACCAACAACUGGAACGUUUCCCGGUGCAUCAAUCGAUCAGAGUCCCAUUUCAGUUCUGGCUUCUGAUGCAAGUAAAGAUGAACAACUUGAUGAUAUUGAGCUAUCAUCAUUUGCUUUCAAGCUGAGUAAUUCAUGCCCCAGUAGCUUUGGGAAUCAGCAAAAUAUGGAGAUCAUUUUAGAUGUCCAGUCUGAAGCUCAGGUGCAGAUGCAACCUCAACUUGAAGUUGACAGUCAAGCUGCAUGUGCAGAGAAGGAACGCACCAAUGAUUCUCUAGCAAGCAUGGAAACUUCUUCCACUGGUAUUGAGAAAAAUAGUUCCAUUUCUUUCCAAAGUCUGCCUGUAAAAAGUGGACAUGAAGAAGCUUCUCAACACGAAGAGCAGGUCCAUCUGGAGGAUUCAGGUCCCCAAUCACUUCCAGAUGCGGAUCUAAAAGGAUCAUUUCCCCCCGCAGGGUUGGGAAGGCUGUCAGAAGAUGGAUACAAUUGGCGUAAAUAUGGGCAAAAGCAGGUAAAAGGGAGUGAGUAUCCUCGCAGCUAUUACAAGUGUACCCAUCCAAAUUGUCAAGUAAAGAAGAAGGUUGAGCGCUCUCAUGACGGUCAAAUUACAGAAAUUAUUUACAAGGGCACUCACAACCAUCCAAAGCCUCAGCCUAGUCGUCGUUCUGCAAUUGGAUCUGCCUUUGCACUUAAUGAUAUGACAGAGAGGCCAGAAAGUGCUGUCCCACUUGUCAAAGUUGAAGGGUGCUCAAUGUGGAGAGGUCUUCAGCAGCAAGGAACUCUUAAGGAUGUAUUUGAUGGAGACUGGAGGUGUGAUGGUAUUGAAAGAACCUCUUCUACAUCUGGGGUUACUGAUAUUUCAGAUCCAUCUUCAACUGCCCAAGGUAAACAGUUGAAUCAACUUGAGUUGUCUGACGCUCCAGAGCUUUCAUCUACACUGGCUAGUGAUAAUGAAGAUGAGGAUGAAGAAGAUAGGGCUACACAAGGGAGCAUAUCACUUGGAGAUGAUGACGAUAAUGAAGAAUCCGAGUCAAAACGGAGGAAGAAGGAGGGUCCAAUUAUUGAAGCAAACUUGACAUCUAGAGCAGUUCGCGAGCCGAGAGUGGUUGUUCAAACAACCAGUGAUAUUGACAUUCUAGAUGAUGGAUAUCGUUGGAGGAAGUAUGGCCAGAAAGUGGUCAAGGGAAACCCUAAUCCACGGAGCUACUACAAGUGCACAAAUCCUGGAUGCUCUGUUCGGAAGCAUGUAGAGAGGGCAUCACAUGACAUCAAAUCUGUAAUUACCACAUAUGAAGGCAAACACAACCACGAGGUUCCUGCUGCUCGAAGCAGCAGCAGUGGAAGCUCUGGAUCUGCAAGUAUGGGUGCUUCUGGUGUUGCUGCUCACCAGUCACUGGCAUUACCUAUGGUUUCUGGUCUCACCAAGCCUGAACCAAGAAUGGAUGGCUUUGCCCCUCAAUUUGAGCCCAAUGAGUACCUGAAAGCAGCAAGCUACCUCAGGAACCUUACUGGGGAUAUUAAGCUGGGAGUUUCGCCCAGCUUUGACAUGAAGCUGCCUUCCCUUCAAUCCAUGCCUUGCACUUCAUUUGGAUUGAAUGCUGGUAACAUUCAGUUGCACCCACUUGUUCCCUUGGCUCAGGCGGCAUCAAACUUCCCAGGGCCACUUCAAAUGGGGAUGCAGAGGUCUGCUAGCUUAUCACUACCUAAUGCCUUGGGUUUCAACCCUGCUAAGGUCAUGGGUCCAAUCCAGCCAUACCUUGGGCAGCAGCAGAGUAGAGAGGGUGAUCUGAGGCUCCUUAGGCCAAAGGAAGAGCAGAAGGACGAAACGUUUUAUGACAAUAGAUUUGACACGAGUCAUCCACCGAAUCCACCAUCGGUAUAUAAUCAGAUAAUGGGAAGGUUUCCGUUGUAGAUACUACUACUCUACUGGAGAGAUCAUCGUCUCCAGCAUGUCAUCUCUAUCAUCAUACACAGUUUCAGCUUAUUUUGACAGAGCUGCUUCACAUACAUAUUUUCAAUUACUGUUUGCAUUUUGCGUCAGUUUUUACAGGAAAGCUUUCAUCAAUCCCUAUGUAAUGUGAGUCAAACAGUUUAAUUUGUUACAUUUUACUUUAUUUAUUAUACCGUUAUGGUUUUUU